AUGAACCCUGAGUAUGACUACCUGUUCAAGCUUCUUCUGAUCGGUGACUCUGGAGUCGGAAAGUCAUGUCUGCUGCUGCGCUUCGCGGACGACACCUACACGGAGAGCUACAUCUCCACCAUCGGGGUAGACUUCAAGAUCAGGACCAUCGACAUGGAGGGGAAGACAGUAAAACUACAAAUUUGGGACACAGCAGGCCAGGAGAGGUUUCGAACCAUCACCUCCAGCUACUACAGAGGAGCUCACGGCAUUAUCAUUGUGUAUGAUGUCACCGAGCAGGAGUCCUUCAACAAUGUGAAGCAGUGGCUGGAGGAGAUUGAGCGGUACGCCUGUGAAAACGUCUCCAGGCUGCUGGUGGGAAACAAGUCGGACCUCGUUAGUAAGAAAGUGGUGGACUGUGCCACUGCUCAGGAUCUGGCCUCGUCGCUCCACAUCCCCUUCAUGGAGACGAGCGCUAAGAGCUCCGAUAAUGUGGAGAGGGCUUUCCUCACCAUGGCCUCUGAGAUCCACAAGCGUCUGGCCAGCGAGGGAGGUGGGAUGCAGGGCGAGGGGACGGCGGCCAAGGGCCAGACCACCAAGAUCAAUAGCGCCCCCCUGUGGCCUGGAGGGGAGAAGCAGGGGCAGGAGGCCAGCAAUUGCUGCUGAGCACAGCAUUAUGAGAUGUGUCAUUUUCGGCACAUCUGCCUGUCUAGUUUUGGGACUACAUGGGUUUGUGCUUUUUACACAAGCAAAAAAAAAAAAAAAAAUGUCAGGGUCCACUUUUUGACUCAACAUGUUGUUGGUACUGGGUGAAAUCCUUGCAUGAAAAAUUCUAA